AUGCUGUCCGACACUUUGCCAGCCCCAGUGCUGAGCUUGUCCACCUCUUCGAUCAGCAAGCUCGAUGACCUCACAUUACACCAAUUGGCCAGCUUAUGGAGCUGUGAGUCAUGACUGCGUAUGUCUGCGCUGUGCUACGCCUGCGCCUGCAUCCCAUCCUGCCCCCUUGCUGACCAUCUGAUUUGCUCGAAGUGUUCACAAAGUGCGCACCAUCCCUCGAAAGCGGUCGGAGGCUGGAAAAUCUGAGUUGGCGGCUCUGGUUCCGUGAAGCUCAGCUGGUGCCCGAACCUCUUGAUCUACUGCAUACAGACAUUGGCUCGCUGACAGAAACAUCAUCACCGAGAGCGAGUGCAGAAUCAACUGAGAAUCCAGCUGCAACAACACGCAGCUCCGAAGCGGCGGUGGGUGAAGAGGAAGAAGGAGAGUGGAGCAGCGAGACAGAGAGCAUCGAUUCCCCUGAAGCAAACCCACCAACAAUCAGCGCUUCUCGUUUAGGAGCUUCGUCUGCACGAUUUCCCACCUUGAGGGCUGCAGUGCGCGGACCUCUGGCGAAUGGCGAGCAACCUCUGAGCACACGAGGCCGAACGACGCUGGAGCCAAUCUUGUCAAGAAGGCCGUCGUCGUCAAGCUCCGACAAACCUCGAGAGGUGCCUCCACGUCACAUCGAAGCUUCUCGUCACUCUAUUUCCAGCGAGAUUUCCUGUGCUGCUUUAGAAAGCUCCCAAUACAGUCGUCAGCGACGGCCUCUUAGCUUCACAGCUGCCGUUGCUGAUCUGGCUCGGGACGAGAUCAGCAAUCUCAUCCCUGGGAGGGCACUUUUCUCCGAUAGCUCGCAACCCCGUCUUGCUUUGGGUCGCGCACUCAGCGCCGAUGCAGGACAGAGAAAGGAGACGCAGUCUCGAGCCAGCGACUAUGAGCGAACAGCCACGCCAUCAGUGGCGAGCACCAAGUCUGCGCCGGCGGACGCUGGAGCAGAUGAGGGCGCAGAGUCGAAGCGGCGAGAAAGUGCGGGCGCGUUGAGGGACGAAAGACCGCCAGUAAAGCCCAACACGGCAGUGCCAAAUCAAGGUUCAGCGAUCGGGCCGUCUCGUUCUUCCUCGCGAAAUCAGGCGUCAGAAGCCGGUCCGUCUACGGCUAGUACUUCUGCUCAUAAACGCCGACCUCCGACGACGGCGGCUGCUCGCGCCUACAGAGAACUUCGCAAGUCUCUGUCACCGAGGCUUAGGCCUAGUGAGCUUCCAGACGUAGCUGGACAAGGAACUGCGAGCUCUCGUGAGUCCAAAUCAGUUGGAACCAAACUUCCAACUUACCCCAAUGAGCGCGGCUCUGCCGAUUCAGCAGCUGGCCAAAACGUCUCGAAAGAUCCUGCCCCUGCGGUGCAAAAUAGUUCAGGGAACCGGCCUGACCAGCAAGACAGCACUGUCGAGCAAAAGAGAAAGAAAUUUUUUGUUCAGCCUUCGAGCUUUGAAGACGACGAAGCCAUGCCGGAUGCAAGAUCGGGAGCGCCUUCAGGCUCUACGUCCAGAGCAGAGGAUGGCUUUGAGGAUAUGAGCGAAAGCAGCACUCGAGUACCGAGCCCUGCAACCCCAGUUGCACCACGUCAAACGGCAUUUCUCGAGGACUCGCAGCGCGCCGUUGCGGCAGUCCGCGCAGACGUGGACCGCGGAUCGAGCGUCCAAGAUCGCAGCAACGAUGCUGGCGACGGUGAUGAAGCCAAGAGCUCCAGAGCGUCUUCGCCUGCGCCAAGUACUGGGAAGCAGAGCAUCACCUCAAGCACCCGGCACGCGCUUCAUGCUACUGGCACACACCACCACCAACGCAACCGCUCAGGAAUAGGGCUUCAUCGGGGGCCGGGGCACUACAGCUCUGCAGCGCUACGUGGCCGAGCUCAUGGACGAUCAGCAAGUGGACACAAGCCACAUCAGCCGUCUUCAAAAGCGCAAGGGCAUGCUAAAGAUGCAUCUGCGGAUCGCAAGGGCGAUGCAGCCCCAAGCACAAGCGCAGUACCACCCUCGACUACUGAACCUCCACGAGCCUCUGCCAACGAAGUAGUCACGGUAGCGCCAAAAGCGCAAAAAGGAAAGCCUGUUACCUUUACAAUGGGCGACGAUGAUUCGGACGAAGAGGACGGGUGGGAGGCAGAUGAAAGACCUGUAAAGGCUGAAAGUGGAGGUGCGAGGCAGGAUGACAAGACUGUUCAACAAGCGCGUGGGCCCAUCAGUGCAACUGAGGCACAAGUCAAGGGAGAAGAUGAAGACGAUGAUGAUGGUGACUGGUCAUCCGACUCUACCGUCGAUAGCGCCCAGGAGCGGAAGGAGAUGUUGGCGGCCUUAAAGCGGCAAGAAGAGGAGCGGCAAGCAGCCAUGUUUCAGAAGAUCCCUGUGCGCUCUCAAUCUGCGGCCGAUUUGCGUCACGCUGACGAGGUAGGCGAUGGGAGGCAAGGCGCACAGGGUGGAGACAAAGCUGGUGACCAUGCGGCCUUUGCUGCUGAAUCUCCGCCGGUGCGAGGCCUACUGAGCUCCAUCUUCCAUCCCGAGGCAGCUCCCCACCCUCCGCCCGGGCAGCUGAAAGGUCGCCCGCACGCCUCAGCAGCAGAUUUGCGCCAUCGUCCCUUCGGAUCAGGCCUAGCUUUAUCUCAGAUCAACACCAAUCAGCAACGUGAGCGAUCUCAAGACACAUCACAGGCUCCGCGAGUAUCGAAGCAGCCCAUUGGUCAGGGUGGUCUGCUGCCGCGACAACACCCAACAGCGCAUCCUGUGGGCGACAAUGGUCUGCGGACUAGCAAGAGUGCAGUAGCUCUGCCGGUGCUCAACAUGACUGCAUCUCGGUCGUCCACCUCCAUUAGCAGCAUGACCCCAAUGCAAGCCGAGUUUGGCGACUUACCACGCGAGCGACCUGGCUCUUCUGCGUCAGCUCGCAGUGGCUCGACAAGGAAUGAUGUCGGCACACUCGGGAGCUCUGCUGGCAGCAGCGCAGCUGCUGCAGCUAGUCCCGAGAGCGGGCCGCUGCGGCCUUCGGCCAGCACCGCGGCAUUGCAGCGAUUGAGCCAGCUUGGCUCCGCUACGAAGAGACCGCAUAGUGCCGCUUCUCUGAGACGCAAGGACAGGAGCCAAAGCCGGGAAAGAGAGAGCACGAAUUACACUUACGGCGAGGCUGGGCCUCGAGGUCCGCCCAGCCCGCGCACCCAAGCCGCAGAGCUAGCUGCACAGAUUGUUGUGCAACAGGAGAGCGAUGAGACACCCACCGGAUCGAGCACGGAUCUCCAUUUGCGCCAACGAGCGCAAGCACAGACUGGAGCAGGCUGGCAACAGCUCUCGGAACAAGGGCCAAGUCGACCGACUAGUACCGGCGCAGUGCCCAUGCACCGAGCAUCGCUUCCAGUAGCUCUACCUUCGGGCGCUCUUCCUCAAACGCCUCGCACUACGAGGAGGAACAUGCUGCGAGACGAAUUGUCAGAGUCGAUCAGGCAAAACUUGCUCUGGGAAAGGCAGAGUAGAAACAGGAUGCUGGGCAUAGGAGCUCCGCUGGCGCCCCUGCCUCCUCGCGAGACACCUGCUCAACAGCAGGAGCGUGAGCGAGCGAGGCAACGGCAGGAUAGAGCGAGAGAGCAGCAAGAACGGCAAAGAGACUCGGACUCCAGACCGCCUCCAUCUGCGCCCCCAGCACACAAUCGCAACUUCACUGUCCUAGGCGGAGGACCGUUGAGGCCUCUCACCUCGGCAGCUCCACCCGGUGCAACGCGAAGUCGUUCGGAUCAUUCGGGCCUCGUGCAGCAGGAACAAUUGCGACAACAACGACUGGCAGCGGGCAAUCUGAACAUGACUCGUGGAGGUGCCCCUGUUGCUCAGGCGGCUUCGAAUCAAGGUCGUUUUGGGUCAAAUGCACGAGAAGAAUCGGACUCGGAUGAGUCCCCGACCGAUGGACCUUUGCCCAGACCUGGGGGCGGCUACGACCCUGAUAGGAGAUCAGCAAGCGAAUGGGGCUCGUUUCAUCACAAGGGCUGGUAG